AUGCUUGUACCACGAUAUGGGCACACAGCAUCGAUACUAAACAAUGGAAAAGUGCUAGUUGUUGGUGGAUACGGGCAUGGUAACAUUUUAAAUAGUGCAGAACUGUAUGAUCCAACAACUGGACUUUGGACACCGACUGGCAACAUGAGUACUGUACGAUAUUUUCAUAAAGCUUCGACGCUAAGUAAUGGAAAGGUCUUGGUUGCUGGUGGAGUCAACUUUAAUGGCACUUUGAAUAGUGCAGAGCUGUACGAUCCAGAAACAGGACUUUGGACACCGACUGACAACAUGAAUACUCAACGAUCUUAUCAUACAGCUUCAACGCUAAGUAAUGGAAUGGUCUUAGUUGUUGGUGGAUACGACUUUAAUGGUACUUUGAAUAGUGCAGAGCUGUACGAUCCAGCAACAGGAUUUUGGACACCGACUGGCAACAUGAAUAACGUACGACGGCUUCACACAGCAUCGAUACUAAACAACGGAAAAGUGCUAGUUGUUGGUGGAUACGGGCUGAAUGACGUUUUAAAUAGUGUAGAAGUGUAUGAUCCAACAGCUGGACUUUGGACACAGACCAGUAACAUGGCUAAUGCACGAUGGCUUGACGCGGCAUCAGUACUAAGCAAUGGAAAAGUUUUGGUUGUUGGCGGAUACGGGUCUAAUGGCAAUUUGAAUAGUGCAGAGCUGUAUGAUCCAACAACUGGACUUUGGACACCAACUGGCAACUUGAAUACUGAACGAUCCUAUCACACAGCUUCAACGCUGAGUAAUGCAAAAGUCUUAGUUGCUGGUGGAGUCGAGUCAUCUGGUGUAUCGAAUAAUACCGAACUGUACGAUCCAGCAACAGGACUUUGGACACAGAUCGGUAACAUGGCUACUGCACGAUUCGCACACACAGCAUCGAUACUAAACAAUGGAAAAGUGCUGAUUGUUGGUGGAUUGAACUCUAUCGCUAAUGACGCUUUAAAUAGUGCAGAAAUAUAUGGAUAA